AUGAUCCCUCACAUGUGCAAGUUCUUUCCUCUGGUUCUCGUCGGGGUCGUGGUGUUUGCCGUGAGUGGGAUCUUUGCAGACCCUCUGAACGAGUGCCUCCAGGACGCUGACUACAGCGAGCUCCUGGACAUGGUGGUUAAAGGCCUCCCCGCCUCUAAGGCUCCUCGACAUGUCGCAGUCAUCGGCGGGGGCAUCGCUGGACUCACUGCCGCUAAAUUUUUAGAAGAUGCCGGACAUAAGGUGACCAUAAUAGAAGCCAGUAACCGCAUUGGAGGACGAGUGGAGACCUUCAGGGACAGUAGAGAAGGCUGGUACGCAGAAGUGGGCGCCAUGAGGAUCCCCAGCUUUCAUAAGAUUCUGCUUUCCUUCGCCUCCAAAUUACAAAUUUCCCUAAACCCCUUCAUCCAGAAUGACGUGAACACCUACUAUUUUAUAAAUGGAGUGCGACAGAAAACGGGCGCCGUGGGAAACAAUCCCAAUGUGCUGAACUACAGCUUGAAUGAAGGAGAGAGGGGGAAGUCAGCAGCUCAACUCUUCAGUCAGGCGCUCUGGAAGGUGCAGGAUGAUCUCAAGACCAUCGGCUGCAGCGCCAUGAUUGAUAAAUACGAUUCCUACACAGUGAAGGAAUACCUGGUGAAGGUGGGCAAUCUGAGUCGUGGUGCCCUGAGGAUGAUCGGGGACAUCCUGAACGAAAACAGCCUCUUCUACACGUCGCUGAUAGAGAUGCUGUACAUUCAGUCGGACAUCAGCGACAGCACCGAGUAA